AUUUGCCCGUCACCGCACAAUUCAUUCUGCAGAACUUCCGUUGUGCAGUUGAAGGAUUCAGAACUGAAGUCGACCGAAUACAGAUAAACGUUUCCUCAGCGCAUUCUUUGUAGCCUUACGAAUGACUACAAGUUCCAGUCUACUUUGCUACCAAACGCUGCUCUGGGCACGUCAUGUGAGCGCGCGCUUGAUCUUAUGAGAUGCGUCGCUGUCACUCACUGAGUCCCGUCAGGUGACCAAUCGCUGCUAUAGAUGUGUUUCGGGACUGUCUUCAUUAAAAGAUAAAGCCGGGCCUAAGGACGUAAGAGUCGCUUCAUACGCAUGAUAGCCAGAGAGCAUCGCAGCGAGAUUUAAUAAGCUGUGCCGUUAUGGACGCCUCGGAGGAGACGAAGCCUCUGCUGAGCCCGGCGGAUCGUGAAGUGAAUGCGACUUCUGGAGACACCUCGACGGAGGAACAUCACUUCGACAAAAUUCAAAAUAAAAACUUGUACCUGGCCACUUUUGCAGCUGUCCUGGGCCCUCUUAGUUUUGGCUUUGUCCUUGGGUACAGCUCUCCAGCCAUCCCGGACCUUAAAAGGAUUGAUAAUCCAAACCUUCAGCUUGAUGCCAACGCAGCCUCAUGGUUUGGGUCAAUUGUCACUUUAGGGGCAGCCCUGGGAGGAAUUAUUGGCGGCUGGGUGGUCGAUAAGAUUGGACGCAAGUUGACUCUGAUGAUGUGCUCCCUGCCCUUCAUAUUUGGCUUCACUGUUAUCAUUGCUGCCCAAAACAUCUGGAUGCUCUACUUGGGCAGGGUGCUUACUGGAUUGGCCAGUGGUGUCACUUCCUUGGUUGUACCGCUUUACAUCUCUGAAAUGUCUCAUUCUAAAGUCCGAGGAAUGCUGGGAUCCUGUGUGCAGCUGAUGGUGGUUACCGGCAUCAUGGGAGCCUAUGUGUCAGGUUUGGGCCUACACUGGCGCUGGUUGGCUGUGGCCUGCUCGGUGCCACCAGCCGUGAUGCUGAUUCUCAUGUGUUUCAUGCCAGAAACGCCCAGGUUCCUCCUAGCGAAAAACAGACAAUCUGAGGCUAUUAAAGCCUUGAGGUUUCUCAGAGGACCAGACUACGACCCUGAAUGGGAAUGCAGGCAGAUUGAGGCCUGUUCCACUGAACAGACAAACGGACUCCGGUUAGAAGACUUUAAAGACCCAGUAGUCUACAAGCCAUUUAUCAUUGGCGUCCUCCUGAUGUUCUUUCAGCAACUCUCUGGGAUCAAUGCCAUUAUGUUUUAUGCAGAGACUAUUUUCGAGGAAGCUAAUAUGAAGAACAGCAGUGCGGCCACAGUGAUAGUCGCCUCCAUCCAGGUAGUCUUCACAGCACUAGCUGCUCUAAUCAUUGACAGAGCAGGCCGAAGAAUACUGCUAAUCAUCUCGGGGUUAACGAUGGCUGGAAGCACAGCAGCAUUUGGUGUCUAUUUCAAAAUUGGCAUGGAGAAUUCAAAAAAUGCGUCCAUUGACAAAAUUGCACUCCUUGCCGAUUCAAGUCCUACAGUGCAACCACCAGAGAACCAACUGGCCUGGCUGGCUUUGGCCAGCAUGGCUGUGUUCAUUGCAGGCUUUGCAAUUGGCUGGGGUCCUACACCUUGGCUGGUGAUGUCCGAGAUCUUCUCAACUAGAACCCGUGGCUUCUCUAGUGGGGCAUGCGUUUUGACCAACUGGGGCUGUGCCUUUUUAGUGACCAAAGAGUUCCAUGAUGUGAUGGGCCUCCUGAGCAGUUCAGGGACCUUCUGGAUGUUUUCUGCAUUCUGCCUCCUCAGUGUCCUUUUCACCAUCCUCUUCAUUCCUGAAACUAAAGGAAGGUCUCUGGAGCAAAUUGAGGAGCAUUUCCGUAGACUGACGUGAGGCCUAUUAGUGAGGUCACAUCAAGUAGGAGGUGGUUUUUGACGCAUCUUCUAACACUGAAUUGCACCAGGCUCUGAUAAUAGUGCUGGAGGCCAUUGUUUUGUGUAUUUCCCUUCAGAAGCUGUUUUAUAUUGGGGGUGUGAAAUUUGUGGUUGAAGCCGCUCUGUAGACCAUGUUGGUCUUUACUCAGCACCCUAAUCCAAAUUCUAAUCCAGUUUGACUCUUCAUCCUGUUCAGCAGUAAAUCAGAAUGGGCCUCACUCCACUCAAUUUAACGCUUCUUAACCACAGAAAAGACAAUGACAGCAACCUCUUACUUACAGUCUGCUUUGUAAAGAAGCAUAAGCCUUAAUCCACACUAACAGGGACACAUUAGGAGACACCAUUUUUGUUUCAGAAUGUUCACAUUUGUGUUUUUAGAUCAUAUUAAGGAACUGCAAAGUUGUGUAAGUCUUUCCUUUAGAGGCCCGUUUGCUGCUCUGCAGGCCUUGAGAGAUCUUCUUCUGGUAUUCAGUGGCAGAGUAGAAAUGAAUGGAAAAGAAAGCUGAAAUGUGGAAGAGUGGUGGGCCACUACUUCCAGUUUACACGUUGGACUCUCGUUUCAUGGUGGGCUCCUUGGGCUUUUGAAGAUGGCGCACAUUAUGUUUACUGUAAGUGGACUUUGUGAAGGGCGUUGAGCUCCGUUUUCUGUCUGUUCAUACAUUUGACACCUGUUACGUUUUCCAUAUUUCCCAUUGAUGAAGUCCUCUGCAAGGCCAGAGUUUGUGAUUGAGGCCUGUUGGGUGGCCCACACACUAUGGGAGUUUGUGUCAGAGCUGAAGCGAUGGCAUCACUCGUGACAGGAGCGUCUUUACUUGACUUGAGUUGUUGUGCACGGUGAGCGGCGCCAUUGAAGGACAGUCAGUUUUAUAAAAAGUCUUUGCAUUUCAGUCUCCAAAUUAACGCAGCUAAAGGCGCUUAAUGGAGGAAACUUCAGGCAGCCUGCUGUUUCAAAAAUGGGCCUUUAUGGAUCAUACUGUGUGUGCAACUACUAAUGCUUAGAACGUAUAAUACAAGUUUAGUAAAGAUACUGAUAAAAGAAAUGAACACGACUAAUGAUAUUUUCAGUGUGACGCUAACUUGAAAAUUAAUAAAUGUCAACCCAAGUGAAGUAAGUGAUAUUUAAAUAAAAAAUAAAUAAAUGA